AGAAAGAAGUUUCAGUAUUGUCGUCGUCCGAGUCAGAAAUUGGUUCGGAAUUUUUCGAGGCAUUGAAACAUUUACAGCAAAUUCACAGAGAUUGCGAAUCUUUGUUGAUAACGGAAAAUCAAAGGGCUGGGUCGCGAGAUGCAAGAAGUGCCAGUGACUUUAAGACAUGCGCUGAAAGCAUUGAAGCAACGCCCAGCUCUGUUUCAGUAUAUAUUAUUCUUUAUAAUAGAUGUUUCUUUAAAUAUUCCUCAUCUAAUCUGAAAUAUUUAGAUCGU